AUGGCUACAACAUCUUCUCCUCCUCCUCCUCCUCCGGUGAACCUCUGGGUUGUGCUAACGGAAUCGAAGCGGAUAAUCAACGCCCACUCACGCCACUUCCUAGCUCUCUCCGUCCUCUUCCUUCUUCCCCUCUGCUUCUCAAUCACUGUCUACCCCUCCGUCUUCCGCCUCAUCGCCGAUCAAUCAGCCGCUUCACACAACAGCGUCUCUCUCCUCCGCGGCGUAUUCCACGACGAUCAACCGCCACCGGCGGGUGCUGAUACCGCGACGGUGGUCCUUCUCCUAAUCGCUUACGUCGUCGUUGUCACCGUCUUCAACCUCUUAGCUAUCGGAUCAAUCGCGUACAGCGUCUUCCAGGGAUUCUACGGAAGACCUGUGAAACUCAUCUCCGCCGUGAAAUCGAGCUUCACCUCGUUUUUCCCUCUUCUCGCUACUCUGAUUUCAUCCAAUUUCAUCGUAUUUGGGAUUUUGCUGAUUCUAGGGUUUGCAGCGUUCUUAUCGACUCGCCUAAUCCAGCUCAUCUUCCCUGGCCUCGAAAUCGAUUACGCGUCUCCUUACUUCCGAUAUGUCUCCAUGGUUGUGAUGCUCAUCUGGAUCGCAAUCGUUAUUAAGCUCUCCGUCAAUUGGAUCCUCGCUUGGGUCGUCGUCGUCGUCGAAUCAGCUUGGGGGUUAACGCCAUUGAAGAGAAGCAAAAGCUUGGUCGAAGGAAUGAAAAGCGUUUCUCUGUCUCUCAUCUUCUUCUUCGCAGUAACACAAUCGAUUCUCGUCUGGAUCAGCACCGUAGCAGCUUCCGCUCAGAUCGACGACGACGACAAUGGAAACGGCGAAACCGGGAAACUGUGGACAAACGCGUUCUUCGUGCUCCAGAUCGUGAUCACGUCUGCGUUUCUAACGAUUCUGACGCUUUAUAACCUUGCGGCGAACACGGUCAUGUACAUGCACUGUAAAGCUGUUCACGGCGAGCUUGCUUGGGAGAUAGCAGAAGAGUUUGCUAGAGAAUACGUGAGCUUGCCUUUUGAUGAUGGUAAAGCUCCUCACUUGGUCUCUGUAGCUUACAACAACGUCCGAUGA